AAAAACAACCUGCGAACGCGCACACAACAAACAAAUCCGGGAUGCGACGUUAGCUCCCUUCCCACUUCAACCCGCCAUCUUGCCUGCCUUUCGUCUUCUCCAAGUACUCCCUCCCACCAUUGAAGACCCUUCUCCAUCUUCAACCUCUGGCGAAAGGGUCCCCAUCUCUCGUUCAAACCCUAGAAUAUUCUUGAGCUGACCCCAGAAAAUUCCCAAUCCGAUUUCGCCCCAAAUCGACCCCCAAAGGUCCCGUCUUUUUGCCCCCGAUCAAGAAACCAGCCGAGAAAACCCUAGGGAGAUGGCGUACGUCGACCAUGCGUUCUCGAUUUCGGACGAGGACAUGAUGUUCGAGACCCCCUACGCGCUCAACAACAAGCCCCCCAUCAAGGAGAUCGCCCUCGCCGUGUCCCUCCUCGUGGUCGGCACCCUCGGGAUCGUUCUCGGCACCCUCAUGGCUUCUUAUCGAGUUGGGGGCGACCGCACCCAUGGGGUCUUCUUCGCUAUUCUUGGGGCGAUCCUAUUUAUACCUGGGUUUUAUUAUACUAGGAUCGCAUACUAUGCUUACAAGGGAUACAAAGGGUUCUCCUUCUCGAACAUACCGCCCGUGUAGCAGCUCUGCAAGAACUGUGCAGGUCCUGGAUGUCAGAGCAUGAACUAGCAGUUGAAACAAGAGAAGAGUGUAGAGCGCGAUGGAAUCACAUUGAAACUGCGUGUACAAGAGUUCUCGACAAAUUACACAUUUGCACAUGUGGAUUUCCUAGUUCAUAAACCGUAUAUCGAGCUUGUUGUCACGAACAAAGCCAUGUGUUUUAGGAUGUGCUUCAACUUUAUAAGUGGCUGUCGAACCAUUGAUAUUGGUGGUGUUUAUUUAGAGGAUUAAUGCAUACAGUCGGGAACUUAAAUA